AAUGCUUAUGCUACUAUUUCACUUGCAUCUGAUAAUGAGGAAAAUGCUUAUGCUACUAUUUCACUUGCAUCUGAUAAUGAGGAAAAUGCUUAUGCUACUAUUUCAUUUGCAUCUGAUACUAUGGAAAAGCAAUAUGCUAAAACUAGAAGGUCCCAUUAUUUAGAAAUGAAACCACUAGACCUGGAAGGUGUUUAUGUCAACAUUUUACAGAAACCUGGUGAGCAAAAUGCUGAAGCUAGUGAGCCAGAAUAUUUAGAAAUGAAACAACCAUCUAUGGAAGAGCAAUGUGCUGAAGCUAGUAGGUCCAAGUAUGUAAAAUUGUUACCACCAGCUAUUGAAGAGCAAUAUGCUGAAGCUAGUGGGCCCGAAUAUUUAGAAUUGAUACCACCAGACAUGGAUGGUACUUAUGCCAAUGUUUCACAGAAACCCAAUGCUAUGGAAGAGGAAUAUGCUGAAGCUAGUGGUCCAGAAUAUAUAGAAUUGAUACCACCAGACAUGGAUGGUACUUAUGCCAAUGUUUCACAGAAACCCAAUGGUAAGCAAUCCAUUAAUAAAAUUACAUUCAUUAGAGCAAGAGAUAGCAAAAUCUUGGUUCAUUCCUUCUUUGGGUAG